AUGCGGUGUGGGGUUUGGUUGCGGUUGAUUCCCCAUCGCGGCCCCCUUCUUCGCGCCGCGGCGGCGGUGGUUCGAAGGGCCGGUGGGGUGCCCCCCCCCUUUCUUCCCCUCCCCGCUUCUCCCCCUCUUCUUUCACGGGGCAAACGGGUUCCCCCUCUCUCCGAACCACGCGCCCUUUCGCCAAGAGAGGGGUCGUUGGCGGAUUUCCACCCCACCCUCGCCCAGGGCUGGGAAAAGGGGGUUUCGAACCCACACCUUCGCCCAGAGGAGGUCUCCCCGGGGUGUCGAAAACGCGUCUGGUGGCGUUGCCCCCACUGCGCGGCGGCCUUCACGCGGCGAAUCGACCGCCACGUCGCGGCCGGAGGGGUCUGCCCCACCUGCGAGGCCGCGCCCUCCACCACGGCGGGGAAAGGGAGGGAGAGGGAGAGAGCAAAAGAAAGAGAAAGAGAAAGGGAGGGAAAGGGGAAGAGGGCGAAAGAGAAACAAAAAGAAAAAGAAAGGGAGGGAGGAGGGGAAACCCUCGCCGAGGACGCGAACCCCCUCACCCGGUGGCGGCCGAUGCUCGCGCGGCCCUACCUCGCCGCGGCGCCGCGGAUCCCCCCGGCGGAGUUGAUUUACGCCUCGCCGAAGCUCGACGGGAUUCGCUGCCUCGCCGCGCUCGACCCCGCGCGGCGGGGGAUUCGUUUUUUCAGCCGUUCAGGGACGCUUUUUGAGUGCUGCGAGGCGCACAUCGCGCCGGCCCUGCGCGCCCUCUUCGCGCGCGACCCCCACCUCGUCUUGGAUGGCGAGCUCUACAACGACGCCGCGAAUCGCGCGAGCCCCCGGGGCGCCCCGGGAGGGCUUUUGCGGCUUCUCACGACAGGCCUGGACGGGCCGACGGGGACGGACGGACGACCCUCCGUUUCGCCCCUUCCCCCCAUCCCGUUUGAGCGGUUGGUGUCGGCGGUUCGCACGCGAAACGAGCGGUGCCCCCCGGCCGUCCGCGCGCUUCAGGCGCGGCUGCAGUAUCACGUGUUUGAUCUGCUGAACGCGGACGGGUGGGAAGGGCGGGGGGCGCCCUGUUUCACCCUCCGCUACGCCCGAUUGCGCGCGAUUUGGCGGGCAUCCGGGCUCGAUCACCCCCACGCGGUCGUCCGCGUCGUCCCCGCGAUUCCCUGCGUCCGAGGCGACGUCGAGGGGCUCCUCCGGGCGGCGCUGCGGGGCGGUUAUGAAGGGCUGAUGAUCCGCCGUGAUUCCCUCGCCGGCGACUACGCGACCCUCCCGGAGGCGGAACUCGACGAACCCCAAACGACCCCUGGGGGGAAAAACGCCGCCGAAGGAGGGGGGUUCCUCACGCGCGAGAUCGCGCGACGGCGGUUCGAGCACGCCGUGGCGUUUUGGCGGGAUCGGGAAGGAAAAGCCUCGUCUCGUGGCGAGGGGUACGCCUACGGGCAGCGGAGUGGCACCCUCCUGAAGUAUAAACUCACCCGCGAUGACGAAUUCGUGAUCGAAUCCGCGGUGGAAGGGAAAGGAAAGUGGAAAGGCGCCCUCGGGGCGUUUGUUUGCCGAACGAAGGACGGCCGCGCGACGUUCACCGUGACCCCCGCGAGCAGCGAUGCGGAGAAAAAACGGAUGUGGGCGUGUUGGCGAACCGCAUAUAAGGGAAAGGCGUUGACGGUGCAAUAUCAAGAGCUCACCGCCGACGGGAUUCCGCGUUUUCCGAUCGGAAGGGGUAUCCGUGGCGAGGCGGAUGGAAGGGAUUGGAUCUAA